UAUGACCAUUUCUCGCAUCAAAUACACAUUCAAACAAAUAGCAAUAAAUUGGAAAUUUGGGAGCAACAAUUGGCGGAAGUUUUCCCGAUCCAUCGAACAAAUUCUUUCAAUUUCACAAUUUUAGUUCAAGGAAUUCAAUCACAGUUUCACAAUUUUAUGUCCGUUUGAUCAUCGCCGUUUGUAGGUUCACUAUGCUCCGGUCGGUUCAUCCAUAAAAGGUUGAGCUUCAGACAGUUAAGCGUUUGUGAAUCAAAUAGACAUGGGUUGUAGCUGCUUUGGUACUUCACAUGUAAAAAGGCAAGAGACUAGUGCUCACAGGGAAUUGGAAGGUCAUUCUCUUGAUAAUAUAAGGAAUUUUUCAUAUAAGGAGUUACGACUAGCAACAGAUGACUUUAAUAAAAGCACCAAGAUAGGGCGAGGAGGUUUUGGAGUGGUUUACAAGGGAAUCCUCAAGGAUGGAACACAAGUAGCUGUAAAGUCACUUUGUGCAGAAUCAAAGCAGGGGGUUCAUGAAUUUUUAACGGAGAUCAAUACGAUAUCAAAUGUCAGACAUCUAAACCUCGUUGAGUUGAUUGGAUGUUGUGUUGAAGGAAGUCAUCGUAUUUUAGUCUAUGAAUUUUUAGAGAAUAACAGCCUUGACAAUGCACUAUUAGGUAAAAAAACCAAAUCUUCAGAGCUUGAUUGGAAACGAAGAUCUGAGAUUUGCAUUGGUACGGCACGGGGUCUUGCAUAUCUUCAUGAAGAACUUCAUCCGCAUAUUGUGCAUAGAGACAUUAAAGCUAGUAAUAUACUUCUGGACAAGGAUUUCACACCAAAAAUUGGAGAUUUUGGAUUGGCUAAACUUUUCCCGGAUAGCAUCACUCAUAUAAGCACGAAGAUAGCAGGAACAACUGGUUAUUUAGCUCCGGAAUACGUAUUGGGUGGUCAGUUGACAUUGAAAGCCGACGUUUAUAGCUUUGGGGUUCUCAUUCUCGAGACGAUAAGCGGCAGAAGCAGUUCUGCAUCAAGCUGGGGUACAAUGCCGAAAGUUCUAUUGGAAUGGGCAUGGGAGCUCUACGGUGAAGGGAAACUUCUAGAACUUGUGGAUCCCGACCUUAAAACAUACGCAGAGGAGGAAGUCAUCAAGUACAUAAAAGUAGCCUUCUUCUGCACCCAAGCAACUGCAAGCCGUCGGCCCAUGAUGAGCCAGGUUGUCGACAUGCUGUCUAGAAACAUUCGACUCAACGAAAAAGAACUCACGCCCCCCGGGUUUUUUCAAGAUUCUAACGACAACAAAAAGGUAUCCGAUGCUUCCACGAGUCGCCAAAUAAGUUCUUUUCCUACCACCAUUACACAAUUAACCCCUAGAUGAAGGUAUAUAUAUAUAUAUAUAACACACAAAUGAUUCAUGGCCAUGGGUGGGUUUUAUCGAUACUAGAUCUUAGUUUCAUCUCGUUUUAGGAUCGAUAAAUCACAAAUUCCUGUGGAAAAACGCUUCAUUUAUGCCACGAACGGCGUCGUUAGUAUUUUAUUCUUUUUGCGUGUUUUUUUAAUAGUACAAAAGAUGAAGGUUGAUAUAUACCAUUUAUUAGCCAAAAUUCAUUUAGAAACCAGAUAAGAUGGGAUAACUAUCUUAACUGUCAUUUUGUAGCGGAUGGCUAAAUUGAGACCGUAGAUCGGUUUACGAUCCGAGUUGGGCUCGUAUCCAACAUAUCAUAUUCGUAGGAACUAGAGAGAGAGAGAGAGAGAAAUCUAACGGGCUUGUCUCGGGGGUGUGGCGGCAUGUCUCUCGACUACGGCCUUUCUUCCGCAGCACCAUGUGUAGGUAGUGGUUGGCAUGUAGGAAGAUCGGAUUUAUUACGAGUUGUUUGUAUUAUGAUCACAUUUGAUUUAAAGACAUUGAAGAAGUUCAUGUGGUA